CAAUAUUUUAUGUUUUGGUUGUGAUGGUUAAAAUUUCGAGAUGUUUAUUAUAUCUUGUAUAAAUAUUUCAUGAUAAUAAUUAAUUAAGAGAUGUCCGAAGAAGCGACGCCCUCCCUAAGCCAAUAUUUCGGUUCGAACGCGCCCAAAGAGGACCAAUUCGACUUGACGCAGCAACUAAACAAUCUAACAGUCGACGACAAUCAAACGGCAUCGAACAAAAUCGAACCGGAGGUGUGCAGGAUAUUCUCGGAGACCCCCCCGGGGGUCCAAUCCAAAUACACCACCGAAGCCUUUUUCGAUUUAAUCGGCACCAACGCCCGCAGCACCGUCGAACCCAACGACAUCAUCUCGACCAUCGGUCUACCCGUCUCGCCCGAAGAAAGCUACAGCAGCUCGAGAUUGAUCGUGGGCACGGAGGCGGACCGACGCCGAGACGCUUGGAUACCCUGCGAGAAAACCCGCCAAUGCCUCAUCGCCGCCGCCACCGCCACGCCGGGCACCUACUUCCCCCAAAGGGAGCUGCUCACGAUGCCCGGCGUGCUUCUCGAAGAGGAACUGGGCGACGCCGUCGGCGAGGCGGUCGCCCUGUGUUUGGGCGAAGCGGAGGCGGCCCAGAGGCGGGCGCUCCACGCCGGGGACGUUACGCAGGACGAACGGGGCCUGCGGGAGUUGGUGCAGGCGGGCGCCUACAGGGCCGCUAUCAAUCUAACGGCGCGGCUGUUGACGAUAUACGGUCAAGGCAGGGGCAGAGCGGGCCAUCCCAGCAAGCAUUCGCCCCAUUCGCUUCAACUGUGGUUCACCCGUAUCGCUUUGCUGGUGAAAACUAAAUUUUUUAAUAUCGCCAGCGCCGAAGCCGAACCGUUCGCUAACCUCGACAAACCCGAUAUGUACUUCCAAUUUUAUCCGGACAUGUACGGAGGCAGGCUGGGUUCGAUGGCUUCCUUUUCGUUUCGUUUGUUAAUCGGAGAGUUGCCGAUGCAUUGCGGCAAAGCCAAAGAAUCGAUAACGAGACUAUUCAACGUUCUAGCUACUGUAAGACAGAUCAUCGACAACUUGAAACGGGGCCAAUGCGAAAAUGGAAAUCCCAUGGAGCUCGCCGAUGGCGAUCGAAGCGAUUCGAUGAGACUGUGGACGGGGCGCGAGGUGCGCGUGAUGCAUUCCAUCAUCAAUUGCUCGUUGGUGGUCAAAGACUACGAAUUGGCCAUGGAUUUGUUGGGGCAAUUGUGCGAUAGAGAAGGGGCGCCGAAGCAGGCUUUGCUAUCCGCUUUGGGUCGUUUGCAUUUGCAAAUGGGCAACAUUUCCGGCGCCGAGGUUUGUUUUAAGGAAGCCGAAGAGGCGAAAACGAGCUCGACCGGUGUAAGAGAGCUAGUCGAUAGAGGUCUACUUUCGAUUGCUCAAAGUGCUUUCGAUGACGGUUACGUGUAUUUCCAACGAGCCAGCCAUUUGGAGCCGACCAACGUCAUGAUUCUGAACAACAUGGGUGUCUGUUUGUUGUACGGUGGGCAUUUGAAAGAGGCCAUACAAGUACUGGAGUCGGCUAUAAGUUCGAAUCCCGUACACGCUUUGAACGAGUCGUUGCUGUUGAAUUUGUGCACGUUGUACGAUAUGGAAUCGUCGAAGGGGAGAAUGAAGAAAUUCGCUUUGUUAAGGCAAAUAUCGAGGUAUCAGGCCGACGCGCCGACUAUGAUUUUGGAGAAAUUGUACGGUUGAUUAUUGUGAUAAUUGUUCGGUAUACGCGCAAUGAUGUUAAAGUGCACUUUGUAAACGUCGAAAUUGUUCGCUCGCUUAUACAGGGUGGCGCGUUUGUGUGGAAAAGCUUGAUAUAUACAAUACAAUGUUUAAUAUUGAACUUUUCCAUGUUAAUGUGCUACACACUGUAUUAUGUAUAAUAAAACGAAUGAAUUCAGUAUUACCGCUGGUCGCGUUCGUAUAAGUACGGACGUUUUGUAUUUUUGAUGAGUUUUAACUUAAUAUAAUAAUACUGGGUUUUUUGUUUGAAAAAUUAAAUACAGUAUGCGCUAAUCAUAAUAAGGCAAUAUUUUAAAUUAUAUACAAAAAAACAACUGGAUAUCAAUGCUUAGAUUGCAUUCAAGGAACAAUCACUCUGUCGUGUUAAUGUUAGAGCACUUUUUUUUCGAGUUUUUGUCUACUAUUUCACAUAACUUCCUUUCAAUUUAUUGCUCAACUCAACGAGUAUUAAUUGAAGAAGAAAACCAAAAUAGUAUUUCAAAAUUUUAAUUAGAUUUGAUUGUUAAUAGUAAUUGCGAACUCGCAUGUUUACAAUUUACUCAAAAUACGCAUGAAGUAGAGAGAAAAUGUAAUUAUUUCAUGCGAAACAUUAAAAAGAAUAUAUUUUAUCGUUACUGCUCGCUUUUGCGAAGAUUUUAAAACUAAUGCAAAAAUGUAUAUGUUACUUUUAAAUAACUGUGAUGUGUUGUAUUAGCGGACACUAAUUAAAUUGUUGGAUUAAAAAAGCACAGCAAGG